GCUUAAACAAAAAAACCCAACCCAACUACCCCUAUCUUUUUUUUUUGUUCAAUCUAAUCUAAUCACCAAUUUGUUUAAUCCAAUUUUUAAUUUUCAUUGGAUUUUGAUUUGAGGAUUUGAUUUCCAUUUUUCAUUUUCACCAAAUCCGAAGACAAAAAACCAACUGAAAACAAAUCGGUACAGAACCCUUUCCCCCCACCCCCUCUCUCUCAAUUUUUCUCUCUCUAGAAGCUGUCUCUCAUGGCGUUCCAUCCCCUUCAACUCCCUCCUCCAGGUUGGAUUCGAUAAUCCAUAGGCUGUAUUGUAGGCCCGUCCCUGGAUGUGGAUAUUGUGAUUCUUCUUCUUCGUCUUCGUCCAACAAUAGGCAAUUUCGUCAAUACAUAUAUAUACGUAUAUUCAUAUCAUUUUGAUUUUGAUUUCAAGGAGGUAAAGGUUUGGGGCUUUGAAGAGAAAACUCAAGCAAUAACUAUGGGAUAUCUCAAUUCGGUUUUGUCAUCUGCUGGCCAAGUUUAUGCUGAUGAUGCACCUGUCAACGGUGGUGGUCUCAGUCAGAAUGGAAAGUUCAGCUAUGGUUAUGCAAGCUCCCCUGGAAAAAGGUCUACAAUGGAAGAUUUUUAUGAGACAAGAAUUGAUGGUGUGGAUGGAGAGAUAGUUGGUCUCUUUGGAGUUUUUGAUGGUCAUGGGGGUGCUCGAGCUGCGGAAUAUGUUAAAAAAAAUCUUUUUAGCAAUCUCAUCAAGCAUCCAAAGUUUAUUUCGGAUACCAAAUCUGCCAUAGCUGAUGCAUACAGUCAUACAGACUCAGAAUUUCUGAAAUCAGAAAAUAAUCAGAACAGAGAUGCUGGAUCAACUGCUUCCACUGCCAUUCUUGUUGGUGACCGUUUGCUGGUUGCAAAUGUUGGGGAUUCCAGAGCUGUUAUUUGCCGGGGGGGAAAUGCUAUUGCUGUUUCUCGAGAUCACAAGCCAGACCAAACAGAUGAGCGACAACGGAUUGAAGAUGCUGGAGGGUUUGUAAUGUGGGCUGGAACUUGGAGAGUUGGAGGUGUACUUGCCGUUUCUCGUGCAUUUGGUGAUCGGCUUUUGAAGCAAUUUGUUGUUGCUGAUCCAGAAAUUCAGGAGGAAAAGGUUGAUAGCUCUCUCGAGUUUCUUAUUCUUGCAAGUGAUGGACUAUGGGAUGUUGUAACAAAUGAGGAAGCUGUUGCAAUGGUUAAACCGAUCCAUGAGCCAGAGGAGGCAGCAAAGAGGCUGAUGCAGGAAGCAUACCAGAGAGGUAGUGCAGAUAAUAUUACUACUGUUGUCGUACGUUUCUUGACCAGCCACGGGGCAUCUUCUCGUAACAGCUCCGGUUUCUUAGCCAACCAAGGGGCUUCUUCUCGUAACGGCUCCGAUUUCAUGGCUGGUUAAGAAUCGUCUCCUAGCCUUAGUGCUAGGGCCCAGUUCCUUAGCCCCAUGAAAGCCGAGGCGGGAGGAAAACUGUCGUAGCUGCACUUACCUAAGAAUGACCACAAACUCGGGCUGGCUAUCGUGCAGUACAAGUUGUCAGCCUUUAGGAUAGAACUGUAAUCUGAAAAUGUAGCUAGCUCUAGAAAUGUGCAUGCUUGAAAUUUGUAAAGAUAAGAUUCUGAUUUCAAUUGUUGUAUGUGAGUUUGAACGUCUUCGUUGGUAAUUCUAUGUGCACAUUACAUAUCUGCUUCAUUUUGUGA